AUGGCAUCUGACUUUUUUUACCCCAAUAUGGGUGGUGUGGAAAGCCAUCUCUAUGAGUUGUCUCAAAGAUUAAUACAAAGAGGCCAUAAAGUGAUCAUAGUAACGCACGCUUAUGGAAACCGGACUGGCGUGCGCUAUCUCACCAAUGGAUUGAAAGUCUACUAUGUCCCAACAAAAGAGAUUUACUCGGCUGCAACACUGCCUACGAUUUAUGGAUUCUUCCCGCUUUUCAGAAACAUCUUGAUUCGAGAAUCGAUACAAAUUGUGCAUGGCCAUGGCGCCUUUUCCUCGCUGUGUCAUGAAGCUAUCAUACAUAGCAAAACGAUGGGACUGAAGGCUGUAUUUACAGACCACUCGCUCUUUGGAUUCGCAGAUGCAUCUUCCAUUUUGACCAACAAACUGCUGAAAUUCUCGUUGAGUGAUGUGGACCAUGUGAUUUGCGUGUCGCAUACCAGCAAGGAGAAUACGGUAUUGAGAGCAGCGUUAUCACCGAGACAUGUGUCUGUUAUACCCAACGCUGUAGUAGCAUCACAGUUCUUACCCGACCCAACGGCUCCAGAUCCCAAUUACAUUACCAUUGUAGUCAUCAGUCGACUUGUAUAUAGAAAGGGCGUUGAUUUGUUGAUUGCUAUUAUACCACGCAUUUGUGAAAUGUACAAAAAUGUUCGAUUUAUCAUUGGAGGCGAUGGACCCAAGCGCAUUGAUUUGGAGCAAAUGAGAGAAAAGCAUUUACUGCAUGAUCGAGUGGAAUUGCUGGGGCCAAUCAAGCAUCAUGAAGUGCGAAAUGUAUUGAUUCAGGGUAACAUCUUCUUGAAUACCAGUUUAACCGAAGCGUUCUGUAUUGCUAUAGUGGAAGCAGCGUGUGCAGGAUUGUUUGUUGUCAGUACCAAGGUAGGCGGUGUACCUGAAGUAUUGCCCAGCCAUAUGAUCAACUAUGCAAGCCCAGAGGAAGAUGACCUCGUCAUCGCUGUGUCCAAAUCUAUCCAUCAAUACAAGUACGGCAAAGUGGAUACGACGCAAUUCAAUGAUCAGCUCAAGGAAAUGUACAACUGGUCCAAUGUAGCUGAGCGAACUGAAAAGGUGUAUGGAUUUGUGUACCAAACCAGCAACUCACCUUUGAUUGAAAGGCUCAGACGGUACUACGGCUGCGGUGUUUACGCUGGAAAGAUCUUUUGUAUGGUGAUUGCAUUAGAUUAUCUCAUUUGGCGAUUUCUCGAGUGGCUAUUUCCAACUGAAUCAAUAGAGAAGGCCCAGCUCUUUCCAUAUCAGAAGUAUCGACAGUAUUUUCAACAAACAAACAAUCGUGUUGCGGUCAAUAGCAGCAAUGCUAACAACAACAAUAGUAUUAUUCAGCAAAUACUGGUAGAAGAGGAAGAGGAGGAAGAAGAGCAGGAUGAUUUUCCUUAUUGA